GGCUGAGGGGAGGACUUUUCUUUACAGGGUAGAACACCAUGGCGACAGCUGCUUCGCAAGAGUGGCUGGAAGAUGAGCUGACUUGCCCUAUCUGCCUUCAGGUCUAUGCCGAUCCAGUGAUCCUGAGCUGUAAGCACAGCUUUUGUCAGUCCUGCAUUGAAGAGACGUGGAAGGAACCUGUUUCCGGCUCUUACUGCUGCCCUGAGUGCAGAGCUGAGGGGAAGGAGAGGCCUGUGCUGGAGAAGAACUUCAAGCUGGCCAACAUAGCUCAGAAAUAUCUGGCUCUGGAGAGCGGGCAGAAUGCAGUGCUUUGCAAUUACUGCAUCAGGAAGCAGCUGCCGGCCAUUAAAACCUGCAUGAAAUGCGAAGCCUCUAUGUGUCCCAUUCACCUCAAGCUGCACACACAGAACGGAGCAUUUAGAAAUCACCCACUGGUUGACACCGCCUCCGACCUGUCGGUGUGGAAGUGUCCUGAGCAUGAGAAGCUGCUGGACAUUUACUGCAAGGAUGACCAGUUGUGCGUCUGCACCCUCUGCACUUUGAUAGGGAAACACAAGAACCACAACUGUGGCAGCAUCAGUGAGGGAGAGAAGGAGCUGAGGGAGAACCUCAAGCAUCAGCAGAAAAGUGUUCAGCAAAAUGUGGAAACGGUGCAAAUGGUUCUCCGCGAUCUGCACACGUACAAGCUAAAUACUCAGGCUCUGAUAGCAGAAACCAAGCAAGAAGUGAAGGAGAAAUACGACGCUUUAAGAAAACAUAUUGAGAGGGAGGAGCUUGAUGUCUUCCGAUGUCUGGACAAGGAGCAGAACAGGGUCAUGGUGGCCAUUGAUGCACAGAUCCAGGAGCUUCAAACCAAAAUGAAGUCUCUAGAGAAAUGUUUGACAGAUCUCACUGAGCUUCACCUAAAGAGAGAGAAACUGGCAUUUAUACAGGGAUUUCAUUCGAUGGCAGGCAGAAUAAAGGACACGUCUCAACCAAUUCCCCUCCCGCAGUCCCACCCUCGCCUGGACAAAAUCAAACUCGACAAGUUAAAAAAUCAGAUCCAGAGAAAUUAUGAAAUGGUUUCCCAGGUGCAGAUGGGCAGAGACAAUCUGAUCUCGCUGUAUGGACAGGCAAUCAGUCCAGACCCUGACACGGCACAUUUCAAGCUCGUCCUGUCCGACAGUAACAGGACAGUGUCGCUCUCCCAGAAAAAGCAGCCACUUCCCAGGAACCUGGAGAGGUUUGAUUGCUGCCAGCAGGUCAUUUGCUCCGAGGGGAUAAAGUGCGGCCGUUCGUACUGGGAGGUGGAGAUUGUGGGAGACGGUGGGGUGUGGAAGGUCGGGGUGUGUUACCGGAGCAUCAGCCGCAAGGGCAAGAGUGCGGAUUGUUUACUGGGUAGGAACAACACCUCGUGGUGUCUGUACUCCCUGCUGGGAUCCGUCCUCGCUCUGCACGAUGAUAGCGACACCAAGCUGCCCGUUGUGAACGUCUCUCGAGUUGGGGUGUUUGUGGAUUUCGAGGCUGGAAUCAUUUCCUUUUACAGUGUGUCGGGCAGGAAACUCUGCCUCCUGCACACCUUCCGGGAGCAAAUGUUCACCGAGCCCCUCUACCCGGCUCUGCAGGUCGGGGAUUUCAGUACAAUUCUGUCGCUCUGUGCCCUGAAGUGAAUGGUACAUUUUUCUCACAUCUCAUCGCUCUGCUCUUAACCACAAACCAUUUCAUGACACAAAUCCAACCAAGGACUGAUCGAUUAAGAUCUCUCUUCCGAUCCUUGAGUUUAGCGAUCGCCUACAAACAUACAAUCCACAUGGUCCCCAAUCCUCAGGAGGCUGUUGGUACCUGAUGAUUGGGAGAGGCAUACCUGAGUGGGACUCUCAGUCCGGUUUGGGAUCUGCUUGUGUCUGACCAACACAAUAAUGUAUUGCAUCGAACACACGUUUAACCCCUAACUGUCAACCCACCUACAUCCUGCUCAAGUUCCUCAACCUGCCAGCACUCACAGGCUUGCCUGCUCUCCCUAGAAGUUCAAUUCAUCCUCACAAAUCCGAUCGUAAACCUCUCGCAUUCCAUUCACGUCAGCCUCCUUAUAAUCCGUAUUUUUCUUUCGCCCAAGUUCUUCAUCGUGAUUAGUGUUUUCAUUUCCUUUCUGAAAUAGAAUUCCUUGAGUUUGACGACCAAAUUAUCCUCCUGUUCAGGCAGACGUUAAAGAUC